AUCACCAGAAUCACACACACAAACACACACACACAAGAGAAAGAAAUGCGGUCGUGUUUCACUUUCUGUGCUUCCAAGGACCCGUAUCUCUCACAUCUUUUCCCCGGAUCUUUGUCUCUGGACGGCGGGCUGCGGCUGCGUAAAGCUCCGCAGCAGCGGGGGCAGCAGAUGUGUUGAGCAACUCAGCUAAUAGCAGUAUCUUUCCAUAGUGACCACAGCCUGAUGCUGAAAUCCCUACAUUCAUGAGAAGGCAACAGGAAGCAGAUUAUUGAGGGAUUAAACGCAUGCACACUUAUGCACAUGCACACACUGAGACAGUUCCGGGAUUUGACCGCUGUCCAACUGUGGAGCUCACACUGAAUGAACUUGUCUGACUGACUGGCUUGUAUCAUGGAAGAAGAGGAGGAGCCAACAGAGUCUCAUUGAAUUUAACUCACAUAACCCCUCCUCCUUUCUCCUGCCUCCCCAUCGAAGGCUUUGACUGGUCGAUGAGGAUUACAGAUUUAUAACAAACAGCAGAGAAAGAGAGAGAGGAGUGCAGAGCCGCCCGGCCUGCUGCUGUCCCAUGAUGCAUCUAUACAUGUAAGAGCAGGAUCAGCCACACAGAGGGCUGUUUCUAUGGAUACCCCUGCCCUGGGUAGUAUUAAUAAGACUCUGAUAUCCUGACUAUCUGCGCGUGAAAAAAAAUACAGUGAGAGAUCAGAAGUGCAUCUCUGCAGCAGACUACACCAUCAAAUAACAUCUUUGGAGCAGCGAAAUACAUCAUCAAGUGUCAAGAGGAAAACUGAUGAAAGAAAAAUCUGUUAUUUUAAGAAAUGCACUGUAGAUGCUUUACACUCCUUUUUCUAAACACCUCAAGGGUUGUUUUAAAUGUGAUGCCGAGUGGAUUCUCAGCUGGUUCAGGAAAAGGGUGAUUUAAUAAGAAUCUGCCCACACAGGACCAGAGGAGGAGGGAAAGAUGAUGCACAAAGACACUUUUUAGGCCUGAAGGAAAUGUCUUCUUUUCUAACCUGAUUGCAACACUGAGUACAGCUUGAAAUUCUGGAUAAAAUAUUCAGACAGGAACUUUUGUGGGCCCCACCACCUUUUACCAGACUAGUACUGAAUUUGGGUGUUGUCUACAUGAGAGCAGACAUCUACAUGCACCAGCUACCUAUAAAAAAAUCAGGGCUUUAGUCCAGGUUCUGAACUCACCAGCAAGAUGUAACAUCAUGUGCAUAAAAAAAAGAUAAAGCACUUUUAUUUCUAGAUAUCGUGGGGAUCCAUCAAGCUUGAGGUACCUGUAAUCUAGCCAUCAUCUGUCCUCCACACUGAGCUAUCAUGGCCAGACAAGACACCCCCCUCUUCCUCCAUGGUUUUGACCUAGGCGGUCACUUUGUUGACCUUCGACCUCUCGGCACAGGCGUUACAGGCCUGGUGCUCUCCGCUGUGGACGAGCGCACCGGACAGCGUGUGGCAAUCAAAAAGCUAGUGAUGCGUGAUGCCGUGACAGUGAAGCAUGCCCUGCGGGAGGUCAAGAUCACCCGACGGCUGCUCCAUGAAAAUGUGGUGAGGGUUCAUGAGGUUUUGGCACCGUAUGGAAGACCGCUUCCCAGAGACCCGACCCAGCUGAGUGCCCUGUACAUCGUCCAGGAGUGCAUGGAGACAGAUCUGGCUCGGCUGCUGGAACAAGGACCCCUCCCCGCAGGUCACGCUACUCUGCUGUUUUACCAGCUGCUGAGGGGACUGAAGUUUAUCCACUCUGCUAACGUCCUGCACAGAGAUCUGAAGCCUGCCAACAUUUUCAUCAACACGGACCAACUGCUGCUCAAGAUUGGAGACUUCGGGCUGGCCAGGAUUGUCGACCCUCAUUAUUCUCAUAAGGGCUAUCUGUCCGAGGGACUGGUAACUAAGUGGUAUUGUUCACCUCGUCUGCUCCUGUCCCCUAACAACUACACCAAGGCCAUAGACAUGUGGGCUGCUGGCUGCAUACUGGCUGAGAUGCUCACUGGACGCAUGCUGUUUGCAGGAGCUCAUGAGCUGGAGCAGAUGCAGCUGAUUCUGCACACAGUGCCGGUGCUGAGAGAAGAGGACAGACAGGACCUGCUACAGGUGAUGCCUUCAUAUGUCAGUCAUGGAUGGAGAGUCAAGAAACCCUUUUCUGAAUUGCUGCCUGAAGUGGAUGCUCAGGCUGUGGACUUCCUUGAGCGUAUCUUGACGUUUAACCCUAUGGAUCGGCUGACAGCUGAAGCAGCGUUGUCCCAUCCCUUCCUCAAGCAGUACUCCUGUCCAGAGGAUGAGCCCACCUCAUCGCAUCCCUUCCGCAUCGAGGAUGAACUGGAGGACAGCCUCGUCACUGAGCAGAGCCUCAGUAACAGUAACAGUCAGGCCUCCAGCAUCCACUGGGAGAGGUAUGAGACCAGUUUAUCAACCGAUGUGUCCUGGCAGCAGUCAGGUGGGAGGUGUCGCUGCAUGCCUCCUGGCCACAUGACUUCUGACCUUGGGGACACCACAGAGGAUGAGGAGGUGCAGAGGGACCCCCGAGCCAGUUCAGCCUCAUUGUUGGAAGAGGCUCAGGUCGACCCACGCAAGUAUUCUCACAGUAGCUCAGCAGAACGCUUCCUGGAAAACUCUCACUCCUCUCUGGAACGGGCCUGUGGUUUGGGAUAUGGGGACCUGGACUGUGGGCGCUCCUGUGACUACAAAGUUGGUUCACCUUCAUAUCUGGAUAAAAUUGCCUGGAGGGAGGGUAAGCCUCAACACUACUCCGAACCUAAGCUGAUCCUGGAUCUGUCUCACUGGAAGCGUAACACUAACAGCCUCCCUGUGCCUGCUGAGCCUAUUGGUGGCAGCAUAGAGGACCUGGGAGAGAUGAAGGAAGAGGAAGCAGAAGAGGAAGAAGAGGAGGAGACUGGGGAUUUAUUCAAGGAAAUCUCUCGCUGGGUAGAGAGCACCCAGUCUCGCCUGCACUCACCCAGUCCCAGUCCUUCUUUAGAGCCACAGUCACCCUCCUGCUACACCUCGUCCCCCCCUCUCCCUCUCUCCCCAACUGACCUUCCAACUCCAGUCUUCCGCUACACGGAAGUUGUGCAGCAUCCCUCAGCUGAAUACGAUGAAGACAGACUGAGUCCACUUCAGCCUGCCACGUCUUGCUCCAAUUCACCUCCCUCACUACUCCCCUCAUCUCCCACCUCUCCACUUCCACCUCAAACAGUGUCUGCCCCAAUAUCGCCACUUUUUCCUUCCCCGGAAUCUCAACCCCUUUCCUCUACUUCCUCCAUUUCUCAGCAAGUAAACGAUGGUUCCAUGGAGUCACUUCCUGUCAAGCAAAAAGAUCGGCUGUUUGACCUGGACGUGUUCAUAUCCCGGGCACUGAAGCUGUGCAGGCAGAAUAAGGAAAAAGUGGACGGAAAGAAAGGGAAAGAGGGAGGAUGGAGGGAAGAAAGCAAACAGCCGAACAUUAACCGGAAGCUGCCAAGGCUUCCGGAGCACAGGACUCCACCACCACAGACUCCCAACUCUUGAUGUUGAAUUUCAGCUUCAGGUUCACCAUAGUCUAGCAUCACAAUGGGUAGCACUUCCAAAUGCUCAUAGUGCUUUACAUAGUGAGGGGCGUCAAUGGUUAAAUAUGCUGCUUAAACAUUAGACCUUAGUGUUUGCAGUAUUUUUGUUACUAAUGCAAUGACACGAUACACGCUGUGAUGAAAACUCUCACUUAAACAGGCAAUCCUGCAGCUUUGUCAAGAGGUGCUCUCAGGCAAUAAGAGGUCAAAAAGCAUUUGGGUUAAAUAGGAAUAACCAUGCUAUCAACUGCAGAUAUCAAGAGUUUCUAUUUUAGAAAUAAUCAGCAAAUUAAUGAUUGUGACAUGUGGUUUGCAUUUUUCAAGUUAAGUCACAUUAUAGAUGGGUCAAGCAUUGACUUGAUAAUAACUUGUGACCACAAGAACAGCUACCCAGGAUAGUAUGUCCUGGAUAACAGUUACUGCAGAGGGAUCACUUUGUUUGUUUUAAGUAUGCUUUAGAUUUGUGUUUCUAUACAAGAUCCCUCGCUGUGUGUCAGUCAGUAAGUAAUGUUUUUGAAAUGUAAGACAGUCUUCCAAAGGUGAUGUUCACCAAAUAAUGAUAAUGACACUGGGAAAUGCUUUUUCCAAACUGAAUGUAUUUACUGAAAAUUAUGCUCAAAUUAUGCUACAUGGUGACCCAUAACGAUUUUAUUUGUUGCUGUUUUAACACUCUGACAGUGACUUAUUGAGCUCCGUCACUGCUACAUGCCUUGUAAACUUGUAUAAAACUGUUGGCAUAUUUAAUAGUAUAUUUCUAGAGACUGUUGUUAUUGAUAUUCUUGUGUUUUAAGUAUUUGUUGCUGAAUGCUAGAGCACAAGUUUCUGUUUAUUUGGAGUGAGUUGUAUUUUGUUUAUUACUGUGCUCUAUUGUAAUAUUUAAGCUAUCCUUUAAACGCAUAUUGUUUAAUAUCCUGUCUGCCUGAUGCACCAAACAAGGUCAUCAUCUGCUGUACACAUUAACUGAAAUACCAUCUAUAUCUGUGCUAGACAGCCAGAUAUCUGUCAUCAUUUUGCUCACUUGUUAGCCACAGAGAGCGAUGAUUCUAACAACAGUAAGCUAUAUUUUGGAGAAUGUAGAUCCUUUGCAACCUUUAUAGGAAACUAUUUGUACUCAAAACUCCUCAAUGCUGCCCAGUAACCAUAUUAAUAUAUGGAACAGAAAAUAACCAAAACAUAUAUUUUGAAAAACUUUUCUAUCCAGCAAGGAAGACAGUAGACCCUGAGAAUGUUAUUUACUAAGAUGAAGGCUUGUGCCUCAUACUUUCUCAAUCAAGAGCAUCUGACAUUCACUUCACCACUUAGUUUUAAAGUUGAUCGUGAGGAUAUGGAAAUGGCAUUAAACAAUUCUGUUGAGCUAGUGCCAAAAAGAAAUCCCAUGUAUAUCGUAUAUAUGACUGAACAAGGGCCAGAGGCAUAAAACACACUGCCAGCACAGCUACAUCCCAGAAUAAGACAUGUUUUGUCUCUUUAGUGAUUUGUCAGCAGCAUCUGAUACCCAAUCUGACCAGUCAGUUAGCAGUUCUUCAAACCCUUUUACCUACUAUAAUCCUUAAUCCACACAAUCCUGGCACAAUAAACUAGGACCAUGAGAGUGUGACAGUUCAUAUAGGUCAAUGAUGAUACCCACUUUCCCACAAUACAGCAACUUUAUCCCUUUCUCUUCUUUUAACAGAUGUUAGCUCAUGUGAUGUUGACUCCUGUUACACCAUCACUGUAGGCAGAUCAUCACUUGCAAAACAUAGAGUGAGCCAUAUUUGAGAAUUGUUAACAGUACAACCUAUGAUACAGCAAAGCCAGGUAUGUUCUUUUUUAUCCACAAUAGACAUGAAGCACACAUUGGAGUCACUAGCACAUUUAGAAAUGCAAGUUUCCCUCAGCGACAACUGAAACUUCAUAACUGUCAAUGUUGAUUUUUAUCAAUAAUGUACCUCUAAGGUAUAAAUCAUAUCUGGGAUGGAUUGCUGGACCAGCAAGUAAAGUGCAAACUGUCCAUUUUCUGAUCCAGAGCCAUUUAUCUAUUGACAGAAAAUAGAUAAAAGCUGUGCUGCAGUCAAACUAAUUAAAACAAGUCCCGUUUUUAACCUCGACCAGUCUAAUGAUCACAUUUUGCAUUAUCCAGUUUCCUCUGCAGGUAACCUAAGCCAGCAAUAACAUCACUGACGAACAUACUGUAACACAUGUGGCUACUGAGCCGAAGUUAAUUAUUUUAAUUGUGUGAAGAAAUGUAGAAAAUGUGCCUCAGUACACCUCGAUGCUUCCAGCUUGCUGAAUGUAAAAUAUCCUUUCCCUUCUGCAUGGCUUUCACAACUAUUCAAAUAGCUUAAACUCUGUUGUUUUUACUAUGUGUCACUUUUUUGGACAGUCACAUUUCCGUGGGCUCUUAUUUCUUUUGUACUCACGCUUCAAGGAGGCCUCAGCUUUUCAUUUGAGAAAAGCUGUGAGGUUUUUUAAUGCUCAAUAUUGAUUGACAGUAUCUCUUUUUGCAGUUUCUGUUUUUGCUGAACAAUUAAUAAAACAAUACUUAAGCUGU